AUGACCCAGCAGAUGCAGAAUCUUCAGCUGACCCACAGUAAGAAGGGGGCGGGCCCUGCCUCCCCGAACGCCGCCAAACGCCUCUACCGAAACCUGUCAGAGAAGUUCAAGGGCAGCCACUCCUCCUUUGAGGACGCCUACUUUUUUGGCCGCUCCGACCGAAUCCGCAAAGCUUCGGUGAGUGGCCCUGGUAAUGAAUCUCUGUUUGAGGCGGUGGAGCAGCAGGACCUUGACGCCGUUCAGAUCCUCUUGUUUCAGUACACGGCAGACGAGCUCGACCUUAACACCCCCAACAGCGAGGGCCUGACACCGCUGGACAUCGCCAUCAUGACCAACAACGUGCCCAUUGCCAAGCUGCUGCUGAAGGCCGGAGGGAAGGAGAGUCCGCACUUUGGGAGCCUGGAGAGCAGGGAGGCCCACCUGUCUGCGCUGGUACAGGAAGCCCAGAGAAGAGCCAGUGAACUGUCCACUCAGGUCAUGCGAGAGAGUCUCAGUUUAGACACAUCUGAAAAGGAGAAACAGCUCAAGGCCUGGGAGUGGAAAUGCAAGCUCUACAAGCGCAUGCGGACUGGCAUUGAACACUCACGUGUGCCUGAUGCUCCAUCUGCAGUGCGUCUGACUGUGACCAGCAGCACUUCUCUCACCGUUAGCUUUCAAGAGCCGUCCUGUCUCAAUUCAGCCGUGAUCACUAAAUACAAAGUGGAGUGGAGCUGUCUGAAGGACUUCUCUUUGUUAGCUGGAGAAAUGAUCCUGGAGAAACUGCAGUCUCAGAGGUGCACAAUAACUGGUCUCACCACGGGACGAAUGUAUUAUGUCCGAGUGUCAGCGUACAAUAUGAAAGGGUGGGGGCCGUCGGCACCAUCUCAGCCUCCGUCAGCCGCUCCAUCUAACUGGAAGGAGUGUGAAGGCCGUGACUUCAGACGACGGGGACACAUUGAGGCGAUGGAGCGUCUCCUCCAGCAGGUCCGGGCCACACACCAGCACUACAGCUGCGGAGAUCCGUCAAAACUUCAGAACCCCAGUCGUAAACAGUCUGUCUCCCGAAGCCUGAAACAUCUUUUCCAUUCCUCCACCAAAUUUGUGAAAACCCUGAAAAGAGGGAUCUACAUCGCUGCUGUUUUUUACCAUAAAGACAGUCUGCUGGUGACCAAUGAGGACCAGAUUCCCAUCGUGGAGGUGGACGACUCCUACAGCAGUUCCCUCAUGCAGGACUUCCUCUGGUUCACCAAGUUAUCGUGUAUGUGGGAAGACGUGCGAUGGCUUAGACAGAGCAUGGCUGUCUCUUCCUCAUCUUCUUCUACCCUUCAGUCUCGGCAGAAGAUGCUGGCAGCCGCAGGCCAACUGCAGAACCUGCUGGGAACUCACAAUUUAGGUCGGGUCCAUUACGAACCUAUUAAAGAUCGCCAUGGAAACGUGCUGCUGGUCACAGUUCGAGAAAUGGAAAGCCUGUACUCGUUCUUUAACGGCAAAUGGAUGCAGGUGUCCAAAUUGCAGAGUCAGAGGAAGUCCUUGUCUACGCCGGAGGAACCCUACGCCCUGGACAUCCUCCUCAUCACCAUACAGGACAUCUUGGCCUAUCAGAGACGCAGUCAGCAUCGUCUGGCCCCGGGGCUGUAUUUGGGUUACCUGAAGCUGAGCAGUUCUGUGGACCAGAUCAAAGUUCUCGUCCCUCAGCGCAUGCCCAACAUGCUAUGCCACGCCCGCAUCCGGGAGAACUGGAACGUCUCCAGGGAUGAGUGGGAAUGGUUUCAGACACUGUCUGGAGCUGAGGAUGCGGAGAGAGAGGAGCAGACGAUGGAGGGACCUGUGCCUCCGCUCUUCCAGGAGCUCCAGGCCGCUGUGAAAGGCCUCCUCAAACAGAUCAAUCUACCUCUUCAGCAGGCCAAGCACUUCCGUCUUUACACACAGGAGGUGCUGGAGUUGGGACAUAACGUCUCCUUUCUGCUGCUGCUGCCAGGCCCAGACGCUGUGUGUAGUGCUCCGGGACAGGCCAACCCUUACACUCCACACUCAGGCUUCCUCAACCUCCCUCUUCAAAUGUUUGAGCUAGUUCAUUUCUGCGUGUACAAAGAGAAGUUCAUCAGCCUGUACUGCCGUCUGUCCUCUGUGCUGGACCUUGAUGCUCUUAUUACCCAGCAGGCCUUUCGAGAGGCCAUCACAGACUCUGAGGUCUCCACAGCCAAGCAAAGGCAUCAGCACAUAUUGGAUUAUAUCCAGCAGAUGGACGAAAUGUGGCGAGACAUCCGUUGGAUCACUGACGUUCUGCAGUACGCCCGCUAUAAACAGCCGCUGGGCGGAGUGCCCAUCACGUCCUUGGUGGAUGAAACCGAUGAGCCCCCGGCCCAUAAAAACGAUUCCACUUCCUCCAACGCCGACUACCUGCCCACUCCCUCCCCCUCUCCUGAAAUGAGGAGAAGGAAAGCUACUAGUGAUUCCCAGACGGGCUCCGAUGAAGAGGGAUGCUCCGAGGUCUUCCUCCCCACCGACAGCGACUAUGACUCGAGCGAGGCGCUGAGCCCGCGGGACCUGGACCUGGUCUACUCCUCCGCGCAGGACAUCUCUCACCAGGCCGCCCACGCCCUGAGUGGGAGCGCCCCAGACGUCCUGCAGAUGCACGACCUGAGGUACAGCGCCUGCCCUAAAGCCAUCCUCGAGACCGACUCCUGCACCAAGGACCUGGAGGACCUGUCCCUGUCCGGCUACUCGGCCAAGUCCGUCUCUGACAAGUCGUCCCGCUGCAAGUUCCUGGCCGACCCGCCCACCAAACGGAAGCUGCUGUCCAAAAGCCAUCCCCAGAGGAGCUAUUUUGGGGGUCCGCACCGCUGGCUCCGCGUCCAGAGCGAGAGUCAGGCGUCGUCGCUGUCCGAGGGCGUCUACACGCGACAGGGUGACGUAGACGUGCCCCUGGAGCCGCCCCUUCCCCUUCCCCGCUCGCCCUCGGCGUCCGGGCGCCUGGACGAACGCAGGGGGCCCCUCCGAGACUCCAGGCCCAACGUCCGACGCAUCUUCGUGGAGCCCUGCGGGGAAACGUCGCCCAGCGGAGACGCCGGCGACUGGGGAGAAGACAAAGGUGAGGAGAGCGAGGCUCCGGUCGAGCCGGUGUGCGUGUACGACAGCUCGGCGGCCCAGGACGAGGAUUCAGACGAACAAACGAACGAGCAAGUGUCAGAGAUCCUCAGCAGCACGCUGUAG